AGCAGGAGCCUGCGGGAAUCAAAGAUCUUUCUCUUCUUUUGUCCUCUUGUUCGGGACCCCGACACAUGGGGUCAACACGGGCUGAAUGGUUUCCUACUGAAAGACUGCCUCGGACGCGGACGCACGCAGACGCAGAUGAGAGCGCGCGCUAAUUAGGAAAACCUGGUCGAGCAAUUAAGCGCGAGGAGCGAAGCCGCGCGCAUUGGAGCGCAGAAGGAAGCUUUUCAGACUGACUGUUAGAUCUGAGAAGUGUGUCAAGGGCUGUAAUUUUCGCUGCUUGGAUCUUGCCAAGACGGACCGACUUUGGUGAGGCUGAGCUCAUUUAGCUCCCCGGUCAACUUGGCACCAUGAGUUGGAGCUUCCUAACUCGUCUGCUGGAUGAGAUCUCUAACCACUCCACCUUCGUGGGAAAGGUCUGGCUGACGGUGUUCAUCAUCUUCCGCAUCGUGCUGACAGCCGUCGGUGGAGAAACCAUCUACUACGAUGAACAGAGUAAAUUUGUCUGCAACACGCAACAGCCUGGGUGUGAGAACGUGUGCUACGACGCGUUUGCUCCGCUCUCACACGUACGAUUCUGGAUCUUUCAGGUGAUCUUGAUCACCACGCCCACCAUUAUGUACCUGGGCUUCGCCAUGCACAAGAUCGCCCGCAUGGACGACAGCGAGUACCGGCCCAUUCGGACCCAGAAGAAGCGGAUGCCCAUCGUCAGCCGUGGAGCAGUUCGAGACUACGAGGAGGCGGAGGACAACGGCGAGGAAGACCCCAUGAUCGCUGAAGAGAUUGAACAAGACAAGCCCGACAAAGUAGAAAAAACCUCAGAGAAAAAGCAUGAUGGUCGGCGGCGGAUCCUGCGCGACGGCCUGAUGAAAGUCUACGUGUGCCAGCUGCUGUGGCGCACUUCUUUCGAGGUCGCCUUCCUUUUUGGCCAGUACGUCCUCUACGGCUUUGAGGUGAUGCCUUCCUAUGUCUGCACACGCUCACCGUGCCCGCACACUGUGGACUGCUUUGUGUCCCGCCCCACGGAGAAGACCAUCUUCCUGCUGGUGAUGUACGUCGUGUCUGUACUCUGUCUGCUCCUCACCAUCUUUGAAAUCGUCCAUUUGGGGUUCAGUGGCAUCCGUGACACCUUCCGGCAGCGGGCCACGCUGAACUCGAAUGCCCCGCUUUCGUCCUCCUCCCGAUCCAUGCCUACAGCGCCACCGGGAUACCACGCCACCAUGAAGAAGGAGAAACUGAAAGGAGACCUGAGGAACUCGCCAAUGGUCGAUUCUGGGCGGGAGAGUUUUGGGGAUGAGGUGCCGUCGUCUCGGGAGCUGGAGCGGUUGAGGAGGCACCUGAAGCUGGCCCAGCAGCACCUGGACCUGGCCUACCAGGCUGAUGAAGGAAACCCUUCACGAAGCAACAGCCCCGAGGUCAACACUGCUGCCCAGACUGCAGCAGAGCAGAACCGCCUCAACUUUGCCCAGGAAAAGCAGGGGGAGGCCAGCGAGAAAGGAAUACAUGCCUGAGCGUGCGUCCUGCCUCAAACGUCUGUUCUUCCAUUCCUACUGGCCUUAAACACAUGGGGGAUGCACAUAUGGGAGUGCAGUCAGACCACUGAGGGAGACCAAAGCGUGUAUGUGUGUGUUUGCGUGUGUGGAUGAGAGAAAUAUGCCUUUCAGUAUUGGGGGUUAGUUGGAAAGAAAGAAAGAAAAUGCUGACCAAGCUGUGUUGUGACAAAUGGUUCAUCUCCACGACUCUAAACUUGAAAGCCUGCCACAUCUCGAGUUUCUGCUUGCUGACCUACGUCCAAACCUUGACUGUGCCUUCGGCUAAAACUUUGUCUACACCCUGUUCUUUCGCCCACUCUGUGUUUUUGUGGCCUUGCAAUAAUCUUCAUCCAUUUCAGACCUUGUAAAGAUUAUUGAAAGCUUUAAACUCCUCUGGCCAAGUGUACUUUUGUUGUCUUCCUCACAAAAGAGAGGCUCUCUGUUUGUAAAAUGUCGCCGAAUGUUAAUGUCUCACUUUGUCGAGGCUCAUUGGCCUCGGAGAGAAUCUCAAACCACACAGCCUUUGGUUAUGUCAUUUCUGGAGCGCGUGCAGCAGCGGUUCUUUUCAACGAGGGCGACUUAACCUGCGCUAGAUGAGACCUGUUUAAUUUAAACAGAUUUGAUGUUAGGGGAAUAUUGGUGUUUUAUUAUCCACAAGCCACACCAUUUCAGAAAUAUUUGACAGAAUUUUGAAGCCUGUAUAUUUACUCCAAUCGGCCAAAAUGUUUACCUGGGAAAUGCUUGAAUUCUUUAUAGACAGGAAAUGUUCCAAGGAAUUUCCAAUCAAUUCAAUUAAAACACUCCAUUUAUUUAAUCAGUACGUUUUUUUAUAUUUUUUAUAUUUCCUGACCAAAGCUGUAAAAUAUUUCCUUUUUUUUUUUUUUUUUUUAAGUGUUGGCAUUACGAAUGCCACUUAUUUCACACGACUGCUGGAAAGUAGGCUCUUGGAUGUUAGUAAAUCCCUUUCUUCUUCAAAUUUUGCGCGAUAAGAAAAAUGAUUCAUCACAAUGUUAAUCAUUGCAGAAAUUUUAAGAAUAAUUUUGUGGGGUUUUUUUUGCUAACCAGCUGGAAACAUCUGUCUUCUGGGCUACCGUCAACCAUGAAGUUCUAUCCUUGUCUUUAAAAUUUACAUUCUUCUUUGGUGAGACAUAUUUUCCAUGCUUGACAUGCACCACUAGCCCUCCGUUGUGCUGAAACAUGGAUGCUUUCAUGUGUCCUGGAAAAAACACAACCCAGCUGAGGAAGGGAUGACAGUUGGCUGCUGACGCACAGCCCGGUGCCAUGUAAACACAUUAUAAUCUUCAAAUCAUUGUGAGACUUUUGAUCAAUAGCUUUAAGUGUUCAUACAGAGUUCAUACUUUUUCAUAGCCUGUCAGUUGGUUUUGUGAUCUUUGGCUGAAAUGAUGAAACUACAGAUUGCCGACGAACUGUUUAAUGCUGUAUUUUUGUAAUCAUCUCACUUCCAGUUUUGCUACUUAUUGCAAGGUACGACAUUCCAUUUUGAAUAUGGUAUUUCUUCAACGGUUUAUCAUUUUUUUUGUUUGUUUUUUCUAUUUCAAGUUUUGUAGUUUUUGUAACUGUAGAAAUAUUUUGUCUUCAGAGUAAAUAAAUAUAUUUGAACGUUA